CUGCCAUGGCGCCGUUCGAGAUCGGACAGUUCAUCGCGGCGCCCGGGCAGCCAUUAUAUAUCCGUCUCUGGAUCUAGCAAAUCACAGCCCCGCACCGCAUUGAUCGUCUCCCGUCUCCACACCUGCGCUACCCACUGUGCUUCGCUUGGCAUCCGUCCACACACACACACACACGCAACCAGCAGCAGCCUGCAUUCCCAUGGCCAGCCUGGUGCACCAGACGGCGGCCCCGAUGCCGGCCGCGGCGGCGAUGGACGACGACUUCAUGCCGCAGAGCUUCGGGUGCUUCGGGCGGUCGCUGUCUCGGGCGUCGUCGGCCCGGCGGCUGGAGUACAGGGCGCUGAGCGGCGAGGGCGGGGAGGAGAUGAGGCGCAUCGCGCAGGAGGAGCGGUCGGCCAGGGCGAAGCUGCGGUGGAAGGCGGUGGCGCAGGAGAUCAUGGCCAGGAGGAGGGGCGGCGGCGGCGGAGGCGCGGCGCGGAGGAGGAAGGCGGGGUUCAGCUACGACUCCAAGAGCUACGCGCUCAACUUCGACCAAGGCGCCGCCGCCGAGUAGCCAGCGAGCGAGCGAGCGAGAUCGCUGGCGAUCGAGAUGCAGCUAGCGCCUAGCGUACUGGCGAGCGUGCGUGGCUGGCGCUGCGGCCAGCCGACUGGCGACCGAUGCCGGCGGGGGAAUGGGGCGGCCGUGGCAUGGUUAUUGUUGGUUGAGAAUUGAGAAUGUGGAGGUCUAGUUUUGUGCCAGAUCUUGUGUUCUUUGGUUGGUUAUUCUUAGUUGAGAAUUGAGAUGUUGGGUGCAUGUGCAGGAGUUGGCUGAUGCGUCCUGACAUAUUCAUGUGGUGUAAUAAGAUGAGCUGCUAGAUGUUUCAAAGUGAAUUCACUGCAUUUA